GUUUUACAGUUUACCCCUGAGAUUUCAAUAUUUACAGAUUAGACCUUCAUAUCCAACAUGUAAAAAUGGUUAAAAUGCAAAAAUUAUUUUUUUACAUGUUAGUUGUAACAUAUUGCUGGUUUUAUCAAAAAAAAAAGUAUGGUUUUAAAAAUUUGAAAUUGGUAUUAAAAUCCAGCUAUCAAUCAAUCAUAAUUAAACAAUCAUCCCCGUACAAAAUAAUCAAAAGAUAUAGAAGGUUUGGACCAUGGAGACAGAGUAUCAGAAUGAGGAUCCUUCCACCCCUCCUCCUUGUAAAAGGAAAGAGUCCAAUUGUGUUAGGAGUCCCCCAAGACGUUUCUCCUUGGAUGCGUUAAAUACACCAAUUAGUAUUACCAAGAACACCACCCAUCAUCAUCACAAUCAUCAACAUCAUCAUCACCAGCCAUCAUCUCAAAUACAUAAGAGACAUGGUACUAGGAACUCGAUGUCGAGUACCAAUUCAAGUUCAAGUCUAUCGAUUUAUUUAUUAAGUCCUGGAUUCACACCACAUAAAACUAUCAAAUCUCCUAAAUGGAAGAGGAAUUCCCAAGAUAUGAAAGUAGGUUCAUUAUUAUCAUCUACCAACAUAACUACGCCAAGUACGAUGGCAUCAACUUCAUCUCCUACCCAUUCUUUGAUUACAAAAUCCCCAAUACAAGGCUCGAUUCGUAAACUGACGAUUGGAAGUGGGAGAUCUUCUAGCAUACCAAUUUUUCCAAGUUUUGAGUUCAUUGAACCAGAAGAUAAUAUCAAUAUACCCGGUGAAAUAGAUAUUUCUGAAACUCCACAAACACCGAUAAGGAAUAUUAAGACUAAUCGGGAAGUGAAUCAAUGGCUUGAGAAUGCCAAAGGGGUUGAAGCGGGGAGAAUGUUUGCUCAUCAGUAUGAACAAGAGCCAGAAGAGGAAGAUGAAGAUCAAGAUGAUUCAGAAGAGGAAGAAAAAGACGCGAUACGACAAUACCUUGGACUUACUAAGAGACGUGAUUUAGAGAACCCAUUUAUAGAAUCUAUUUCUUCAUCAUCUCCUAUACGAAAAUUAUCCACACCACCAUCAUCAUCAUCACAAAUAUCGAAUCCAUUUAUUCAUGAUCCCAUCGAUUAUUCAACUCAUAUAGAACUCAUUAAAUCAAAUGGUCAAAAGGUGGUUAAAGAAUUACCUACUAGUUUAAAAUCCAUCAAACCUAAACGAUUGAAUUUUAGUAGUUUCAAUACCCUCUCACCACCACCUUCAUCAAUUUCAUCAUCAUCAUUAUUUACAUCUCCAUUUAACACAAUCAAGAGAAAUCAAAUUAGUCAAGAUAUAAGUUCGAAAUAUAUUAAUAAGAAUCUUAAUGGUUUAUUCAUUAAACCUAAGAAUAUCCCUGAUUUUGAAAUAUUUAAUGAUGAUAAUAAUAAUUUUAAUGACAAUGACAAUGAUAACCACCAUGAUAAUGAAUAAUCUGAGCUACAACUAGUUUAAAUUUAUAU